AUGCGCCUUUUAUAUUGUAUAGUCGCCCAGACUAAGUUCAGCAAAGCUUUCAAGGCUUCGCUGUUGUCUCUCAUGAAGUGGGAGUCCUACUGGUCAGGAUGCCUCAUAGCAGUGAUCACCGUCGUCCUCCCUAGACUCCCCCUCUUUCAAACAACAGACGCCUCGGACGCUCUCGUCAAUCCGGGGUGGACUGCUCAGAGAAAGCUAGCUGCUCGCGAGAAGACGAGGGACUUGUGGUACCAUGGAUUCGACAAUUAUAUGACCCACGCUUUUCCUAUGGAUGAGGUGCGGCCCUGUCAAGGACCUGACUGGAACAACCCAGCAAACAUAGCCAGGAAUGACGUUGCAGGCAACUUCUCUUUAACCCUUGUCGACGUUCUCGACAGCUUCGUCAUUCUGGAUGACAGACCAGGCUUCGAGUUAGCCGUCAAGAAAGUCAUUGAACAUGUAUCGUUCGAUGUGAACACGAAACCCCAGGUCUUCGAAACUACCAUUCGAGUAUUGGGAGGCCUCUUGUCAGGACACCUGUAUGCAAGUCAACCAGAUCAACCAUUCUACUUGCCCUGGUACCGAGGUCAGCUGCUGGAACUUGCAUACGACCUCGGCGACAGGCUUCUCCCCGCAUUCUCCACUCCGACCGGAAUCCCAUACGCCCGAAUCAACCUCCGUCAAGGCAUAAUGAAAGGAGAAACGACCGAGACAUGCACUGCCGGUGCAGGUUCACUUAUACUGGAGUUCGGACUUCUCAGCAGACUGACCGGUGACGACCGCUUUGAGAAGGCAGCCAAGAAAGCCUAUUUCGGCAUUUGGAACCGGCGCUCAGACCUGGGAAUCGUUGGGAAUACGAUCAAUAGCUGGAACGGGCAAUGGACACCCCCAGAGGUUUCUGGCAUCGGCGCUGGAGUGGAUUCUUUCUACGAAUACGCCUUGAAGUGGUAUAUCAUGUCCGGUGAAAUCGAGUUCUUGGACAUCUGGGACGAUGCGUAUGCUGCUAUCAUGCGAUAUUCCAGGUCACUGGAUGGUUACUGGUAUCGACCUGUUAAUAUGAACACUGGAGACCUGGCCUACUAUACCGUUGACUCUCUUUCUGCCUUCUGGCCUGGGCUUCAAGUUCUGGCUGGCGAUGUCGAAGCGGCCAUUAAACUACACAUGCUAUAUUACAACCUAUGGAAGCAUCACGCCGGGCUUCCUGAGGUCUAUGAUACCAGCUUCAAAGUCGCGACAUCCCAUCAAUAUCCAUUACGACCAGAAUUCAUCGAAUCCACUUGGUAUCUUUAUCGUGCGACCAAGGAUCCAUUCUAUCUCGAUGUUGGGGAGCGCGUUCUUUUUGACCUCACUACGAGGGCGAAAGUUCCGUGUGGCCUAACAGGAAUUGCAGACCUUCGAUCUAACAAACGGGAUGACAGAAUGGAAUCCUUUGCCUUAUCUGAAACCCUCAAAUAUCUAUAUCUACUCUUUGACGAAGACAACGCGCUGCACCGCGACGACUCCGACUUUGUACUAACCACCGAAGGCCAUAUAUUCAAGCUCCCCGAAGUCCUGAAGCGUGCAUCGCCACCUCCAUCUAGAAAGUUCAUCUCCCACCAAUGCCCGGCCUACUCUCCCCAGGAAAAAGGAUCUAAACUCCCCGGAUUAUUGCAAGGAGUGCGCUACAGACCGCAUGUAGAGUAUGCUCGAUCUCUUGUUGGUGCUUCAGCCAGCGAAACGGACAAGAAGUGGUGGUCUGCGGAUGGGUGGUGUGAAAAGCCCAAGCUUGAUGUAUACUCUUAUGAGUUCAUCCUGUCAGUGAAUGGAGGGACAGUACCUGAAGAUCCCAGUCCUAGCUUGAAGAAACUUGACGUCGUUUCGGAUGGGUUUGUUAUCAACAAUGUCACUGGCAUCCGAACGAAGAUCGUUCAGAGGAUGGAUGGAAAAGGAUUCGACGUCCGAAAACUGGGUCCUUACAACGUGCGGCCGGGCCAAGUCGUCUACAUCAACGACACGGAGUUAUUUGCGAGUCCAGCCAAUGGCCAACUUGCGCAGACAGCAAUAUGGGACCGUGACAGGACCGUCGACCUCCACUUUAUGGAUUUCGACACUUUGUCCCCACAAUCCACGCUCGAAUCUGACUCUAAUGUUCCGCGGCCCGCCGAUGUAGACGUGGUGGUCACGGCUUCAACCGCACAGUUCGGUGCCCAUUUCCUCGAUGUCGUCAAGUCGGAAACAUCGUCAGCGCCAGAAUACCUUCCUAUCUUCUAUGACAAGGACAACGACCGGGGCUGCGAACCGUACCAGUAUUCUUAUCCGGCUUUUUAG